UUUUUUUCUUCUUCUUUUUUUUUUUUUUCCUUUUUGUCUUUUUUUCUCUCUUGCAAAGCGACCUUUGUUUACAUCGGGACUCAUCGCAGCCACUGCCGUCUCCUGUCCAAGCAGCGCGACAACGAACCACGGUUAUCCUGCAUACCUAGCUAAACACAAUACACUACACACUAUACAACAACACAUAUCUAAGACAUAAAGACGUCGCUGCAUGACGGGGACACCAAUUGCGACAAUGGUGGACUUUACGGGCGGCGCCUUGAACGCUGCCAUUCUCCACGAAACUCCCAUCUUCACAUUUUCCAAAGAGCGACCAUUUCUCGCAGCCGACUUUCUAGCACCUCCGCAUAUCGCCUCUCCCAAAGCAUGGGAGCGCGUCCCCGUUAUUGCUCUCCGCCGCUGCGGCCCGCGCCAGAUCUGGAAGCGCGUUGGUGGUUUGCUUGUUCCUCCACCCGUCGACCCCGCCUUCGUAGAGCUCGACAGUCGAGGCCGAGGACAGCGAAAACGCGCGCGCAGCGAACGAUACGUACCGACCUUUGCCAACUACAAUGUCGACGAGAGAUACUAUGCCGUCCACAACGGAACCCCUGACCUGGCCGAGGCAAGAGCCUACCUUUCGGCAGCAGCAAGCUAUCUGGCCAGGGAAGCACCCGAUCCUCUCCUCGUUGCAAAGAUCCUAGCCCGACGCGCUACCUAUCCCGACGACCGCCUCAACUACGUCCCCAGAAAGCGACACAAUUCGCGCUGGCCCCUCCAGCGACCGACGAAACCUACGCGCAUGCUGGCCGAAAUGCAGCCGUACAUGGAGCUUAACGUGCCGGCCGAACCCGAGACGGUCGAACCAGCUCAUCAGAUCCAGGGCAAGCAAUUGAUGAGACGAUCGACACGUCGUGCUAGCAGCCGCCUGUCACUCAUCCCAUCGGAGGAAUCGCCCAGCAAGAUGGACUUUUCACCUAUCAGACCGCCACAGUCCCGCAUCCUAUCGCCAGUCAAGCGGUCACCCACAAAGCUAUCGUCCCCGAGAAAGGUCGCCGAGUCGCCACUACGAAAGUUUAGGGUCAGUGCCACUCCUACAAAGGUUAUCCUCAAACCGUCGAGGUCCAGCCUGUCGGCACAAACCCCUCUCAAAUCCACCCCUCUCAAGUCUACGCCCAUCCGACCAGCAAGCGUUUCCGAAUCGGACAGCGAAGUCACACCUGCGCAUCUUCUUCACUUGUCGCCUUUACUCUUCGACCAGCCUAUUCCGGAGACCCCGUCAGUUCCAGAGCAUGAGAACAGGAGACGCAUUUCGCUGCUUUCGGCAAGGAGAAGCGAGCAUCGCCCCAGCUUCAUUACUAGGCUUCUCAAAGAGUUUGAGCGCGAUGCCCCAGAACGACGCCACAGCUUCAGCUUGGCAGUACAAGCUGUUGCGGAUGCCACCAUGACCAGUCGCCGAAAAUCGGUGGAUCCAUCUUGCAUUGGCUCCGAAGACCAAGCUGCGCGAGAGAACAUGGAGGACGCCCAAGAGCAAACUGCUGAGCAAGAACCGGCGCCACAUGCGCCUUCGCGGACAUUGGAGGUUGACGUUGGGACGAACCUGGAUAUCUUCGGUCAUCGGAGGAAGGAUGUCCGACCGUGGGUACAGACCCCAACCCCAACUCGAAGUGCGCAAAUCCCUGUCGAGGAACCCACCGUUGCGUCGCCUUCAGAGGCUGAUGACGGUGUUUCUAUGCCCGUUGAGCCGGUUGGAUCUGCGCCCGCAACUCCUUUAAUGGCGGCCGUCGAUAUCGCCGGGGACGUGACAAACAACGAGAACGAUGCAAACUUGCCCCUUGCACAGGCAUCCAGGGACCCUAGCCCUGAGCCUAUCUCUCCGGACCAACAACCCGAGAGGAAAGAGUCCCCGGCACCGCUCGUUGUUGAGGAACCAACUAACACAGAAACUGAGCUCAAUGAUGGCUUUGAACCCUUACAUCCUGAAGGAUUAUCGACCAUUCUUGAGGAGGAAGAUUCUAUCCUAGAGACAUUUACUCCUGUCAAACAUCACAACCUGCCCACCAGAUCGUCGCCAACGAAGCCUUCAAGCCCAACGCCUCUUGGUCAGGUCAAUCUUGGAACGCCUCGUGUUGACGCAUCCUCUCCCGUUGCCAUGCACCAGGAGGGCACUCCUGUACUACAUGAGCUUCCCAGUGAGGCGCCUUCCAGCCCGACACCUCUCCGGAGGGCAACGCCUGAGAAGUUCGGUUUUGGCGCGCAGCCGUCUGCUACUUCUCAUAGGCGCUACUCUGCGGCGCAUGAACUACUCAUUGAGGCGCCGUCCGCACCAGCCGCUGAGAAAUCUACUUUCGGAGCGUCAUCUCCUGCUGCCUCCCAGCAGGAAAUUGUGUCCACUAAAGAAAAGCCUGAAGAGACGCCUUCGGAAAUUGAGGCGGCUUGUGAAACCAUCACAGGAAGUGAUGGCGACGACGCCUCGCAUGCUAUCGUUGCCGAUCAUGAUGACAAGGUUUCCGAUGAAGUCCCCCAGAACAUGACAAUUAGCCCGGCACAUGUUCCUCGGGCAACGCUCGGAGCACUUGAGAUAAACGCCUCGCCUGUUAUCUUCUCUCACAAGGAAAACCCCACCCAAGAAGAAACUGUUGAGGAAAAGACCUCUAGUCCAAUGUCUCGCCAACCGUCGCCCGAAAUCACGGAUAUCAGUGUCCCCUGUUCUGCAAUCAGUGCCGAUGGCAACGUCAACCACCUCUCUGCAAAUGCAGUUGCCUCUUCGGGUUCCAUCCAGCAGACAAUACCUCUACCGUCGGCUGCUGACCAAGAUACCAUUACUGUUGAGGCUGAAUCUCCCCGUCCAGCCACAACCGUGACCUCGGAUACUGAGACACCGGCUUCCCCCGUUCCUGACGUAGAAAACAGCAUUCCGGAAACAACAGCUAAAGAUGCAUCCUCCAUCCGGUCUGAACCCUCUGCGGAGUUUGUGAAUACUGAGGAGCACAAUAGGCAGCCAGCGACACACGAAAGUCCGAUAAAGGAAGAGAAUGAUGAUGUUACUCGCCCAAUUGAGCCCAACAGCCCCUGUCGCACUGUUCAGGAUGAGGAUGGUAGGCUGCCAAGUCCCAAAGCGGUGUUGGGUCACGAGGAGCAAUCCUCACCCAACGGUGAAACCGUCUCCGAGGAUGGCCUUACAAUGCCUGAGAACCACGUUGCUGCGACGGAAGAUGUCAUAGCUGUGUCUCAUUCAUCACCCCGGAGCGGUGGUGUGAGAGACAAUGGAGAGAUUGAUUCGUCAGCCUCCUUUGUCGACUCCUUUGUUCGCACGGACAAGGAUGCUAACGAACUUAGUGUCCCGCCUGCUGAGGAUAAAGAGGAUGGGGCCUCCGACACAUCAUCGGUCAUGGAACAAGAUGAAUCUGCUGACCAUCCAAUGUCUGCUGAACCACCUACCAUUGACGAAGUAUCACCCUCUAGCGCAGAUGCGCCUAAGGACUCCAGCACCUCCCAGAUCCGUGACACAACUCCCGAGGAGGAGAGCGAUCCCAGUGAAGCUGAGGCUACUGAGUCAGAAGACGUUAGCAAUACCCCGGAAGAUUCCUCGGAAGGCUCGACAUCGUCUCCUGACGGCUCCGACGACGCAAACAGCGGAGACGAAAUCGAGGUUGUGGAACAAGUUGAGGCGGAGGACUCGAUGACGAGCGAUGAGGACGACGUGUCUUUGAUCGCUGAGCAGCCCCUCCGUGUCGAAAACGAUACUCUAUCUUUGCGAUCUCUGCACGAAGAAUCCGAGACGGAUAUGAUCCGGAAGUUCAUCAGCAAAGUCGCCGCCGAUAAGAGUGCCAAAGCAGCCGCUGCAGCUGAACUCGAAAAUAGAAGCCCACCCAAGGGCAAUUCUGGCUUCCCUACUGAGGACUCUGAAACUCCUCCCAAAAGGACGCCCCUCAGCGAGAAGAGCCCUAACAGCCCUAGUCCAGCUAAAAAGCGUAAGCUUGACGAGCUGGGCAAUGAACCCAGCGAGGAGGAGUGCCCCAAGACGACCGGAGAGAGUCCUGUCACCCGGACGGUGAAGCGUCGGAAGGCGUUGGUUGAGAGCUCCCCAUCUCCUGUUGAGGGUGAGGAUUCGGAAGGUGCUCCUCGCCGGUCUUCGCGCCAACGCAAGACCCUUAUCAACCUCAAAUCGGCGCCAUCCGCCAACUCGAUCGCUAAAUCCACCAUUCCAGUGCGCAUGCCCGGGAUGGAGAUGAUGGAUACGGUCAGAGCGCGUAGCGACCAGAAGGAUCUGGCUACCGUCACGAGAUACAAUACUCGGAAAAACAAGGGCAGCGCUUUGUUCCCACAGAUCGUGCUCAAGAAGAUGGAAAAGAUGAAGAAGCAAGGGAAAGAAUACGUGUAUAGCUCUAGUUCCGCUGACAACGACAAAGCAAUAGAGACUGAGAAGAAAAAGAAGAACAAGGGGGUUCGGUGGGCGGAAACUCUGGCUAGGUUCCAGGAUGAUGAAGCAUCACCGUCUGUUAACUCCAAAACUCGGGCUCUUUCCAGCUCUCUCCUUGCCGAUGUUCUCAAGGCAGAUGCCGCCCUUGACGACGAUAUCGAUGAGCUUGCUGAUGAGCCAGUAGUGAGCUCCAAGAAGGUUACUACCCCCAGGGUGCUCAAAUCAAAGAGCCAGGCUAAGAGCCGGACCGAUUCGGCUUCGGAGGCCACCUCUAAACCCUCCAUCCCCAAGCCUAGGAAGGUCGCGACUCCGACGGCGACGACACCAUCAACUAGGCGGACUGCUGGCGCUCCGCCCAUUCCCGCGCCCGCCCCUACGCCAACAACGAAAGUACAACCGGCACCGGCACCAAAACCCACCACCUCGUUGUCCAAGGUCACUGCCCCACCCAAGCGCGCCACCCGCUCCGGCAAAUCACUUGUCCCGACGCCUAUCAAGGUGACGGCCACCACGAAGCCGAAGACUUCGGUUCCCGCCGCCCCACCUCCGCCUCCCCCUGCCCUCCAUCGUGGUCCUGGCAGGCCGAGGCUAUCCCCGGCGACAUCGACAACGUCGACAACCUCCACCCCUCACAAAGUCAUCAAGACCAGGGCUGAACCUGCCGCAACCAGCAAGACAGUUGUCACUGCUGCUGCUAGACGGGCAAGCAGGGUUGCUGCGGGGCUGGGGAUGAGUGUUAAUGGGACGCCGGCGCCCAAGAGGAGGGGCAGGAGUGCUUCAUGAAUUGAAUGAGCGAGCGGGCUGUGUUUGUUUCCAUGUUUUAGCAUGGGUUUUCGAGAGUCUUGAUCAGGAAGUAUAUGUUUAUUGAGUUUUGAGGCGAUUGAGUGGGUUCUGUGCGAGGGAAGGAGCUCUUUGAAUUUACGAAUGAGAGUAAAGAGAGCAAAUCUUUCAUUGGCUGUGUUGUAAA